AUGCUCGGCGGCGACUUGCAUUGGUUAUGGUCGCCUUAUGCGCUCUACAUGAACGUCGACUACAUCUAUGGCCUGCCCUCCUGGGAUAGCAAAGACGGAUUCCCUGCCGCGCAGUCGCUCAUGAACGUCGGCGAGAGCAUCAUCAAUCUCUUCUACAUCUACCUCGUUCACGUCAAGGCGACGCCUGCGGCUCUCGCUGUUGCGCCCGUCUACGGGCUCGUGACGGUAAUCAUGACUCUCUCCAAGACUAUCCUCUAUGUGCUCAAUGACUUCUGCUGUGGAUGGUGCAAAACCGGCCACAAUGACUGGUAUACCUUGAUCGUCUACUGGAUCCUACCCAACGGUCUCUGGAUACUCUUCCCCUCGAUCAUUGCCUAUAUCUUCAUCCAAGAGCUCUCCACGUCGCUUAAAGUCGCUGCUGGAGUACAAGGUGCGAACACUUCGAUCCGUUCCCAGUCCGACCCUUUGCUCUCUCUAUCACCUACCAGCUUGGUUGCGAGUGGUGGAGAGAGCGCAAGUGGAGACAAGUCAGAAAAGCCGUUAGAGUUGGGUCCUAAUCCGUAUCUGGUUGAUCAUUCGCAGCUCCCGAGCUGGGCACAGGACAACGCGUGGAUCGUCAAGGGCUACCGUCGCCCAGGAGGAGCACACCCAGAUCCAAGGCUAAGAAGCUUUGAUCAUGGAACAGUGUACAAGUGCUGGCGAAGUGUAUGGGCGUAUUGUCACAACGAGACCGCCCUCCCACCGGCUUCGAACCUGCUCACCCGCAUAUCCUCGCUCUUUACAACCUCCUUCUUAACAUCGACCAUCCCCACCGAGCCGCUCUCCAACCUCAUCGUCCGCCCACCCGACUCCAUCGACAUCUUCGGCUUCACGUGCUUCUUCAUCGCCUCGAUCAUCUGUCUCGCCUUCUCCGCCACCUACCACACCAUCCAAUGUCACUCCUUCCACAUCUCGAAACACUUCAACAAGCUCGACUACGUCGGCAUCGUCGUCAUGAUUGUCGGUUCCUUCCUCCCCGCUCUGCACUACGGAUUCUACUGCCACCCACACUUCCAACUCGCCUACUCCAUCGGUAUCUCGACGUUGGGUGGGUUGGCGAUGUAUACUGUUCUAGCGCCGAGAUAUGCCACGCCUGCAUAUCGGCCGUAUCGAACGGGCGUGUUUCUGGUUCUGGGUCUUUCGGCGGUGAUCCCGGUAGCACACGUGAUCGCGUUGUACGGUUACAGGACGAUCACGGAAACCAUGGGUCUGAGCUUCCUCAUCCUUUCAGGAGCACUUUACGUCGUAGGUGCUGGGCUGUACGCCGCAAGGAUACCGGAAAGAUUCGCACCGGGAAGAUUCGAUUUGUUGGGUGCAAGUCAUCAGAUCUUCCAUGUUUUGAUAUUGGCCGCUGCCAUCGCGCAUUAUGUCUCCAUCAGAAGGGCGUACGCCUUUUGGCACACCGUGGAGGCCACAGCAGGCGAAGUCGGGAGGUCCGGAGUGUGCGCUGCUUUGCAAGGAUGA